GCCACCGAUCCAUGGCGGGCUUUCCCUUCCGGGCGCUGCGGCGGUCGGCCGUGUCGCCGCUGCCUCCAGAGACGGAGGCGGCGGAGAAGCGCAGCGGGAAUAGCCUGGAGCGGGUGCCGGCGAGAUCGGCGGUGGCGGCGGAGCCGUGGGCGGCGGACCGGUCGAAGCUGCGCGUCGGGCCCAAGAUCGCGUCGGGGGCCAACAGCCGCGUCUACCGCGGCGACUACGCGGGGCAAGCGGUGGCCGUGAAGAUGAUGCGCGAGACGGCGGCGGACGGCGACCUGCGGCAGCGGCGGGAGGUGGGGGUGGGGGCGCAGUUCGACGCCGAGGUGACCCUCCUGUGGCGGCUGCGCCACCCCAACGUCGUGCGGCUCGUCGCCGCGUGCCGGGAGCCGCCGUCGUACUGCGUCGUCACCGAGCUCAUGGCGGGCGGCGCGCUGGGCGCGUACCUGCGCGGCCGGGAGCCCAACUCGCUGCCGCCGGAGGACGUCGUCCGCCUCGCGCUCGGCGUCGCCCGCGGCAUGGAGUGCCUCCACGCGCGCGGCGUCGUGCACCGCGACCUCAAGCCGCAGAACCUGCUGCUCGACGGCGGCGCGCGCGUCGUCAAGGUCGCCGACCUGGGCACGUCCUGCCUCGAGGCGACCUGCCGCGCCGACAGGCGGCCGUCCAGGACCGGCACGUACCGGUGGAUGGCGCCGGAGAUGAUCCGCGACCAUCGCUGCGACCGCAAGGUGGACGUGUACAGCUUCGGCCUCGUGCUAUGGGAGCUCACCACCUGCCUCGUGCCGUUCCAGGACCUGUCCCCCGUGCAGGCCGCCUACGCCGUCACCAACGCGGGCGCCCGGCCGCCGCUCUCGCCGUCGUGCCCGCCGGCGAUCAACACCCUCAUCGAGAGGUGCUGGUCCGCCAAGCCGGAGAAGCGGCCGGAGUUCAAGGACAUCGUGCAGGUGCUGGAGAGCUACGACCGCUGCCUCCGGGAGGGCCUGCCCCUGCUGCCGCUGCCACUGCCACUGCCACUGCCGGCGCCGGCGCCGCUCGCCUCGCUGAUCGGAGCAUUCAAGAUCCGAUCAUGCAGGCAUACCGAUCUUGAGCAAGAGCGCGACGCAUCCAUCCAGAGCCGAUCGUAGAGUUCCAUGCUAAAUCUCGAUCGUGAUGAACUGAUGAUGACGAAACAAAUCGAUCUAUCGGUCAGACAUAUCAGAGACCCGAUAUAUCAUAUCAGAAUUGAAUGCAAAUGUAUAUAUUGCAGUUCAAUUCUUUCGUUGAUUUGAGUUUCUGUCUCUAUGUCAUCCUACUAAUUAUUAUUGGUACAAUCAUACAAAAGCAGCUGUAGCGAUACAAUUUCCGGCCGCUGGUUUUCACAGGCCUAACUUUAAGUGGGCCGAAUUCAGGUGGUGCUGAGGUUUAAAAAGGAAUAGUCUGGAAUUUUAUAGAUUUUUAAGCUAAAAAUAUAGGACAAUAACAAAAUUUCGGU